AUGUCUGCGGUUCCCUAUUCGCCCAAGAAGCCAGAUGGCGUCUCGUUCACCUGGAUUUUUGACCAAGUCCUCCGCGACCCAGCUGCCUAUGAAAUUCCCCUGCGGGACAUGUACGCCCUGAACUGCCACCCGUCCAAGUCUUUCCUGCCCGGCAGCAACUCGCCGGAGACCGCCUUCAGCCCACGUAACUCGACCUCGACCCAGGCCUCGAAUUCUUCACAGGAGAGCUCCGUGGAUGCCGCCGCCGACUUCCGCUCUCAGUUGAUCCACCAGAUCUCUCGGAUGCCCUCUCAGCCAUGUUCCCUUCCAGCCAGCUUUUUGACCUCGUUCCUCCGCCGUUGCUUCCCCAAGGACCUGGAGCAGGUGGACUUUCCCCAGGGCUUGACCGCUUUAGACUACGCCAAGGACUUACACAACCGCUGGAAGAAGGAAAUGUCGCUGGCGCUGCAGCGAUUGAAUAUUGGCCCCGAGGACGCCGCCGACCCGACCCGCUCCGAAUUGGCCAUCAAGUAUCCCGGAGUCAUGACCUGGUUCGAGUCGAUCAAUGCCACCGCCCGGACUAUCGAGGCGUUGUACACCCAGCUCUAUGUGGGUCUGCGUCGCUGGAUGAUCAUCAAUGAGAUCCUUCUUGAGCCCCACAACAAGCAUAACCAUAUCGCCAUGCUGAACACUCUUUAUCCUCCCGUUGCUCCUGGAUCCGCGACUCCUACUCCUCAGUUGACCUACCAAAUCCUCAAGAUGCACCGCGAUGCCUUUUUCAGAACUAUCAACAAGGUCAGCACUCGCGGUACAGGCCCCGUGCACCAGAUGAUCCACCAGGGAGAAGGCGAAGCAGGCGAGGGUUCGUGGCCUGCGGUCUACAACACUCUGGAAAAGUAUCUCGACUUGGUCAAUGAGAUGAUCGACGAGUGUGUCUUGGUCAAUGAGCCCACUCAUUUUGAUGAAUCCGACCGCUCUUACCGCAGCAAGACCCGCAAGGUCGACUCCGGUUGCAGCUUUGGAACCACUGGCAGCACUGGCUCCGAAAUGAGCAUCGCCGAGUGUGUCAUUGACAAGCCCCUUCCCCAGUUCCCCAUUCCUGCGGACGGGGACAUUACCCCAAGUGGGGGCUCGGUAUUGGAGCGUCUCUCCCGUGGGAUCUUCUCUCGCGGCACUUCUGGAAAGUUUCGUAAUCUCCGGAAGAUGAGGUCCAGCACCGCCCUUGCUCUUGCUCGGCCUGGCAGCCAGCACAGCUCCACCCACAAUUCCUCCAUCUUCGAAGUUUCCGAGGAGAAACGUGACCGCCUGAUCCGCGAUGCGUACACCCGCAAGAACUCCCAGUCCCAGGUGUCGACCACCGACAGCCAGUAA